GCGGUGAUAGGUGUUUACGCGGUACGCGGCUGAAACCUCUGUUCCCGUGCCUGCGAACACCGAAAAAAACAUCCGCCAGAGAGUAAAAAAAACGAAUCUCCUAUCGAUUGAAGUGUUUUAAAACAUUAACAACAGUUGAGACACAAUCAACAGUAAAGUCUAUCGUGUUGGCGGUAUUUUUGUUAUUUAAAAACGUAUAAUUAAAAACGGUUUAUCUAAGCAUGAGUGGUAGCGACGAGACGGAUAGUCAGUGCGACAGGACAAGUGAAACAAACGGUGUUACAAUGGGUGACGUCCUGGCUAAGGAGCCCCAUGAUAAUGAUUCACAAGACGACAGUAAUGAGUCUGAUGAUGAUCCAAUGGCUCAGGAUCAACGACAACAAGAUGAUGGUGCACCUGAUGCCCUUGACGUUGUCCCUGAGAAUUUUUUAUUCGAGCCAGUACAAAUGGGAGGCGUCGAGAACGUAAUUUCGGCUUAUGAGCAGAGGCUAAAUGCAUCGCCAAUGUUCGAUAAAAAACCCAUUGUGAGACAUCCAGAAAAUUGUUCCUGUGAAUCCUGCACUGUUCAGAGAGCAUUCUUGAAGGAAAAAAUGGAAACAAUAUGGAGGUGGCAAUCUCAAGGAUUAAAGCUGAGGGCAUACAUACGCUCUGUGUUCAAUGCGGCCAUCGAGUCUCCAUAUGUUAAUAAAAUUUCAAAGUAUCAGUGUGAUCCUCAAGAGUAUGCUGAGCUACAGCAAAUUGUCGAAGAAUUGUCGAGGGAUCACCCACAUAAACUAUUCCUGAUGCUAGUGGUGCAAGCUCAGGAGUUUGUGGUUGAGCUCAAGAUUAGAAUAAUGGACCCCGUGCGAGACAACAGCCUCGCAAGGAUAGCUGAAGUAUUUCUCACGAGACUGUUGAACGGCUACGACAUCCUGAUCGCCACAGCAGUCCAGGUCUCCGAGCUGAUAAAGCCCCUGGAAGAGCGUCACCUGAAUAAGUUCAACCUCACUUGGGAGUUCUUCAACAAAAAGCUCUACCAAAAUUACAUCUACUUCUACGAGCCAACAAUCCGCGACAUUCUCCCCUCAGUAGUCGGUCAGCUUCGCAAGCCCCGGAAGGGAAAGGGUUUCGAAGUCCUCCUGAAGCGCUACCUGGCUUUCGUGGAUGAAAUGAUGGGGAUAGCAGGUCUUUGGCCCGAAAAAGAACACCUGAUCGACAAAUAUUCCGCUGAACAAGUGGCUGAAAUAAUGAGGAAUCGAAAAAUUGGUAAACGAGACUGGACUCUGUGUACAGUGAGUGAAAUUGAGAAAGUGGACAAGUCUCGAACCCUGGACGUUCCAGGUGUAGGCCUGGAAGAGUUCCUGCGGGGUGCGCUAUUUGACAAAGAGCUCGAAGUGAUCGAGGAUACGCUCGUAAUUGACCUAGUCCGAAAGAUCCUCGAUGCUUGGGGUAAACAGGUCUACCAGAUCAUGGCUCAGGGUUAUCUAGGGGUCUACACCCUCUUCCUGGAUGACGAAGAGGAUGACAGAUUGAAAGGGCGUCCAAUUGAUGAUCCAGGCUUCUACUUUGGCUACCAAGUAGCAGCGUGGUUAGUCCUCUCUCGACCCACCGACCAUGCCACCCAAAUCGAGACAGAUUGUCCGACAUGCAACGACUCCUCCUGGGUGUCCUAUCUUGUCGUCAACGGACGCACAAAAACAGGAGCCUGUGCACACCCCACCCUCCAACCAAACGGCAAAAUCUCCACUUCUCCCGAAGUGGAAGACCCACCUGAGAAGAGACCCAGUGAGGAGAAGCGAAGGGGCUGCAUCUGCAUCUACAGACACCUUGGAGAAUGGCAGGGCUCAUCCUGGAGGGGUCUCCUUCCCUUUCCUCCCUGUCUCUGCAUGUUGUACAUGAGGCACUUACCCGAGAGUGCGUGUCCCUGUUUGCGGGACAGCAGGGUGCGCAGUGGGAGGAAAAAGUCGAAAUCCGAGAGUCCUUCGAGUCUGAUUCCUCCAAAGGAAAUUGUAGAAGUUGUCAAACCACCGAAUACCGUCAAGUCUGCUUCUAUUCAGACUCAGACGAGGCAUUCGACGACGCAGACCCCAUCGACACCUCAUAACCAUGGACACUCCGAGAGAUGUCCCACCCAUGGGCACUCUCAUGCAUCUCUCUCAGAUAAUUCUAAAUCGUUACCCUCAACUCAUCGGCCCCAUAGUCACACGAACCAUAAUACUCAUAGUAACCAUUCUUGCCAGAAACAGACUGACGUGGAACACAUAAAACGAGUCACAUCGAGUGAGUUCAGCCAGACUGAUGGCGACUGCUCGGAUUCAGGAAGUAGUAACGAGGAUUCCUGUUCUACUAGUAGCUCAAUACCUAGGGAUUCGAGUAGACAUUGUGACUGUUGCUACUGUGAGGUGUUUGGUCAUGGUAUACCCUCGGUAGCGCCUGUCAGUCGUAAUUACAAUGAGAUGAGGGAGAGACUGAGGCAGUUAUUGACCAAGAAGAAGGCGAAGAAGUGUAAGGCUGGGUGUAGUCCUCCUAUGAGUCCAGCUGAGUCUGUACCAUCUUCCAAUGCAACUUCUGAUCAUAAUUCAAUGUCGAUACACUCGGGAGCGAGGUCAAAUACACCUGUUUCGGUUGCUUCCACCAAUUUACCUGAGCAAAGAGAUCAGAGGGAUCUCGAUGCCCUAUUGGAGUUUAUUGAGGGUAGUCAACCUGGUAAAAACAAAAAGGAUAAUAAGCGAAGUGAGAAAAAGGCUAGACAGCGGCAGAAAAAACUGGAGGAAGUUAUGAAAUUGAAGAAACACGAGCAAGAACGACAGAAACUGAUUGAACUCCAGAAGAAGACUCCUGAGGUAACGAUAACAGUGGUGGAUCCACAGAAACCCGUGACUCAGAAAUUUUUGCAUAACAGAGACCUACCAGAAAUAUCAAUAUUGCCAGCUGUGAUGCCUCAGCCACAGAAACAACAACCUGCUAAAAAAAAUAAACAGGAGAACUCUAAAACGAAACAACAACAAAAUCCCAUUCCCCAGACCGUUUCUACAUCCUCUAAUACUGCUAAAUCGAAGCAGAAUCCUAAAGGUAAUAACGAAAAUCCUCAGCAGACUAAAGGAAAGUCGAAAGGGAAGAAGAAAGCCCCACCCCCUCCCGAACCAGAGCCUGAGCCAGAGCCUGAGCCUGAGGUUCCCCUUACCAAGAAGGAAAGAAAGAAAUUGCGAAGAGCAAUGAGAGCCAUGGAGGAGGAGAAAGCUAAGCAACAAGCUGCACAAGUCGAAACCCCGCAGAUUGUCACCAUCAAGAGAGUCAUGGAGUCCAAUGGGGCUGAGCCAACAGUGACGAUAACCUUGAAGGGUCAAACUCCAGCUGAGGACAAGGUUUUGUUUACUUUGGUGAAUGGCCAGACGAAGGAGCCGUGCAAAGUCGAGACUCAGGCUUCUGGAACGAAGAAGAAAAAGAAGAAUAAACGGGGGGAUAACAGCCUUAAUAAUACUAAUCAGCAGAAGCAGCAGCAGCAAGGAAAAACCCAACAGAAUCAACCGAAUCAGAAAUCUCAACCUGCUAAAAAUGAUCCGAAGAACUCUAAACAGCAGCCAGUAAACGAAAAAUUAAAGAAUAGUGGAAAACAGAGUGAGGAGAAAAAACAGCAACAACAGAACGUCGAAGUUUCGAACAAAAAGUCGAAGAAGAAUAAGAAUAAUGUGGAGAAUAAGCAACCGGUGGUUCAGCAGCUGAGUAGUACGAAUACUCAACAGGUAAAGGGAAAGACUCAACAGCAGGAAAGCACAGGAAAGAAAAAGAACAAGUCUCAACCGUUGACCGAGAGUAAAACGGUAAAUACUAGUCAGCAGAAUGUGAAGACGGCUUCAGUCCCUUGUGGGAAGAAAAAGGGUCAGCAGCAGGAGAAGAACGCUCAAACUAAUCAGAACACUCAGCAGGCAGCUUCAAAGGGGAAGAACAAUAAUUCAGGCAAUAAUAAGCAAACGGUUAAGGUGGAUAAUCAGAAGAAUCAAGGGAAAUGUAAUCAAGCUACCUCGAAACCUCGGACAGAUGGCAAUAAUCAAGGAUUGACGUCAUCGCUUGGAAGUCAGCUCAAGGACGCAAGUUCCAAGAUUAAUAUUGAGAAUCUCAAAUUACCGCCUGGCAUUACGAUAACGAAAGUCGAUGCACCAGCAAAGCCACUUCCCAUUAAGUCGGCACCGUUGCAGAAGCCUGCACAGCAGAAGCAGGCAACGAUUAUUGCAGCUCCGAUGACUGGGCUACAGUCGAACUACGGUGGGUCACAGUCUGGAGGCAAUGUCAUCGUUGUGGACACUGGCAAGCUGAAGCAGGAACUGCUACCCAAGGGCUCGGAAAAAGGAUCCAAUCAGCAGCCUCAACCCAACACGACGUCUGGUAAGAAGAAAAAGAAGAAGAACAACUCAUCAAACGCUACCAAUAACUCUCAAAAAUCCUCGAAUAAAUCAUCAAACGACUCCCAAACUGACCAGGCAAAGAUCCUCCACAAUCCAGCUACAAACAUGGUCACAAUUCGGAACCCAGCAUUUGCUCCAUCUCCGAAGAUGGAGCCAACUCAACAGGCAGCAAUAAUAAAAGUAUCGGAGAAUGGAAUGGUGACGAUAAGAAGUCCAGCACUACAGCAAGCAAUUAACGCGGGCUUAACACCACCACCAAAACCGGAUUUUAUCGUAAAAGGUGAUUUGACAGGGGCCAGUGGUAAUAGAACAUCACUAUUAUCGCCACCAACAGCAAGCAAAAGUGCAAAUGGUCUUAUACCAUCGAGUCUCGCUGAAUUAAGAAGUCGUUUGACACCAGAUUAUACUGGUAUUCAGGGUCUCGCUAACAUUCAAAUAAGCAAAGUAACAAAUGGACAACCGAUACCAGAGAAUGGAAUUAAUUUGAAAGGUACCAGUGUUACAUUGACUAAAGUUAAAACACCAGAUCCAGUAAAAUGUGAAGAUAUACAACAGAGUCAAGCAACUACUAGUGGAAAAGGAAAGAAGAAGAAGAAAAAGGGGAAUGGUACGAGACAGUGCGGCGAUGACUGGAAUCUCGUUGAAAGCGUAUUCACCCCAAAAGAUAUAGAGGACGGUGAAAUGGACGACGCUGAGCGUGAAUUGGAGGCAUUCAAGCGUUUCUGUCUGCAGUCAGUGCCACCGCCACGCAAAGAGAAGGUCAAUCUCAACUUAAAGGACAUCGUACUCAAGAAAAAAUCCUCAUCAUCAGCAGCGGCCGCUGUUAUCGCUGCUAAUUAAAUUUUCAUAAUAAUCCAAAAGAAUAACGGAAAAAUUAAUGACAAACACUGAAAUUGUACACUCACACUGCGUUGAAGAAUACUGCCACUAAUUGGUAGGUUGUCAUUUAUCAUUUCUUUCUAUUUGUACGAAUGAAGAUCGAGAAAAAUUAUGAAAUCAUUCGAAUCUAACAAUUUUUUUCUCUGUCAUUCUUCUGUCGACGACGUGCAGCGUCUAAUGAUUAUUCUAUUUAUAUAAAUACUUCGCUAAAUGAGAAACACUAAAUCAAUUGAAAAAAUAAUGAUGAAUUUCACACGCAUUAUUGAGAGAGAAGAAGACAAACUCAUCAUGCCUGUUAUCGCCGUUGACGUUUGCUAAAAUAAAUGAAAUUAAGUUAAUUUGUCCAUUAUCUGGACUGUGCCCUCAUCCCCCUCCCCCUCCAAGUCGGUUGACCCCGCACGAUGCAUUUUAUACAAGAAGCUUUAGGUCUAAACAAUGUAUGUAUGUAUGUAUUGAUAGGUAGAAAGAGUUAAUUACUUCUGAUAUUGAUGAAUUAAAUGAAAAUCGUUGGGAAUGUUAUUGAUCGUACUGCAUUGUCUUCGAAUGGAAACAGACGGGCUAAUUUUUUAGAAUGCUCACUUCGAACUGUUUCAGCUGUUCUCAGAGUAGGUGCUUGGAGAUAGAUAUAAUGAAUAAAUUCCCUGAUUUCUUUGUUCUGUAACAAAUUUUUUUCUCUUUUUUUCAAUAAAAAAAA